UGUUGAUAGUGAGGCGACGACGCAAGGGUGAGUCUGCCCCUUUCGGUAUCGGGUGCAGAGUGAGGUAGCGUCGUCCGUGAAGAAGGCCGGCCUUACCCUUUUGCUACCGCCAAGAUGUCCAAAUCUGAGGGAUCGUCUGAUUAUGGGUGCGAUCUGUCGCCUAACGCAUCCCCCAAGGAACCUGAACAGCUGCGAAAACUCUUUAUUGGUGGCCUGAGUUUUGAGACAACAGAUGAGAGCCUUCGCAAUCAUUUUGAGCAAUGGGGCACACUUACAGAUUGUGUGGUAAUGAGAGACCCAAAUACUAAGCGCUCCAGGGGGUUUGGAUUUGUCACUUACUCAACAGUGGAGGAGGUUGAUGCUGCCAUGAAUGCCAGACCACACAAGGUUGAUGGCAGAGUUGUUGAACCAAAGAGAGCAGUAUCUAGAGAGGAUUCCCAGAGACCUGGAGCACAUUUGACAGUGAAGAAAAUCUUUGUUGGGGGGAUUAAGGAAGAUACAGAGGAGCACCAUUUGAGGGAGUACUUUGAACUGUAUGGCAAAAUUGAAGUUAUAGAAAUAAUGACUGAUCGAGGCAGUGGCAAAAAGAGAGGGUUUGCCUUUGUUACUUUUGAUGAUCAUGACUCUGUGGACAAGAUUGUCAUUCAGAAAUACCAUACUGUAAAUGGACAUAAUUGUGAAGUCCGAAAGGCUUUGUCAAAACAAGAAAUGGCCAGUGCUUCUUCCAGUCAGCGAGGUCGCAGUAGCUCUGGAAGUUUUGGCAGUGGGCGUGGAGGUGGAUUUGGCGGUGGUGACAGUUUCAACCGUGGUAGCAAUUUUGGAGGCCGUGGUGGGUUUGGCAGCCGCAGUGGUGGAGGUGGAGGUGGUGGAGGAGGAGGAGGAUACGGGGGCAGCGGAGAUGGCUAUAAUGGGUUUGGCAAUGAUGGUUAUGGAGGCAGUGGCCCUGGAUAUUCUGGAGGAAGCCGGGGUUAUGGUGGCAGUGGAAGCUAUGAUGGAUACAACAACGGCGGGGGCGGCUUUGGUGGUGGCAGUGGUGGGGGAAGCAACUUUGGAAGUGGAGGAAGCUACAAUGAUUUUGGCAGUUACAACAACCAGUCUUCGAGUUUUGGGCCCAUGAAAGGAGGAAACUUUGGAGGGAGGAGCUCUGGCCCUUAUGGUGGAAGUGGUGGUGGCUAUGGGGGCUCUGGUAGUAGCAGUAGCUAUGGUGGUGGAAGGCGGUUUUAAUUCCUAGGAAACAAAGCUUAGCAGGAGAGGAGAGCCAGAGAAGUGACAGGGAAGCUACAGGUUACCACAGUUGUGAACUCAGCCAAACAGAGUUGUGGCAGGGUAGAACUGCCUCAUGAAGACAUGUGUUAGACAAGCGCUUGUUUGCAAACAUCAGGACUGUAUUUGUGACUAACUGUAUAACAGGAUAUUUUAGUUUUUGUGUUCUGUGGAAAGUGCAAAGCAUUCCAACCAGGGUUUUUAUGUAGAUUUUUUUCCACACCCAUGCUAUUGACUGCAAACUGUAAUAGACUGAUCAUGACGCUGAAUAAAUGUGUCUUUUUUUUUAAA